GCGGCGGGUAAACGAGAAUUCCAAGGUUACAAUUUUCCCUUCUCUGGACAAGAGAAUGUUUCUCAGUGGUUUGUUGACUAUGGUAGUCCUUCAAUGCUAAACUUACACUUGGAAGAACAUGGCAAAGAGUUAGUCAUAUAUUCUAACCGAUCACACGACUCACAAAUACAACAGCUGGUUGCAACCCAAACAAGCUUGCCAUUUCUUGAUCCUAACCAACGUUCUCCGGCAAUAAAAGGGGAAAGUUUUACUGAUUAUGAACUAAGUGUACGCUCACACGAAAAUUGGUUCAGUUUAGAAAAGGCUAAUAUACAUGUGGAAAACUUCGCGGCAGAUCAUCCCGGCGUUAUGUACUCGACUUUGACGAACCUUGCCCAAAAUGAAUUGAAGCGCUCUCCGUGGGGAACUUGUGGUGCGCUCAAGUCAAAUUUCUUUUUGCCGUGGAAGGUUAAAGAGGCUUGGUGUAGAUGUGAACUGUGCUGUUAUUUUCGGCAAGGUUUUGCUAACCGAAAGAGUAAUGCUGCUCGGGUUAUGAAGGAUUUGGAAAGUGCAUUGCCAGAUAUCUCACCUUUUUUGUUGUAUGAUCUUUUCCAAGAAAGUAAUGCGUUAGAGACGACACGAUUUCAGUACGAUACUUUCCUAGGAAACUGUCUUUCCUGUCAUCCUUUGGAGACCAACAAUCAGGGCCUUCUUAUGUAUCCAAGUGGUCGUGGCUUAGAUGUUUUGAAUUUACUACAUAUCUCAAUGGAUCCUACUCACCUGAUGUUUGAAAGAAAGGAGAGUGGUGCAGCGUCUCUUACAUCAGUACUUUCAAAGCAGCAGUUUGCAAUUCAUGGUCAAAUAAGGCAGACUGAUUUCUCUGCCUACAAUCAAAGUGACAUCAUAGUGGGAGUUCGCUCACAAUAUAAUUGCUCAUUCUUCCAGAGUAAUCUAAGCACGUAUAGAGAAGGGCUAUCUAUAAGGCCUUUAGAGACAUUAGCUCUCAGUAAACAAGCCAUGUGUAUUGCUGUUAACCCCUACAUUCGUGGAGAAGCCAUCAUUGUGACAGAAACUGGUGGAGUGUACUUGUGGUCAUGUGACCACUCUCUACAGACUGUUCAUCAACCUAACUCUCCCAACAGUCUAGAGUUGUCAUGGUACCAGUGUGUCUUUGCUGCAAACCCUCGGUGCAUAGCAUUGGCAGAUGCAAAAGAGAUGAACUUGAUGGAUUUCAGGGCUGGAAAAUUGUUCCAAAAGUUUUUUUUCUCCAUCCCAUCACCCGAAGUUGACUCCUUUGAAUGUGUGUCUGCAAUUCAGCGUCACCCACAGAAUACCCACCACUAUGUAUUGGCCACUGAUCAGUCACUUUUGCUUCUAGAUGAUCGAUUUCUUCAACACCCAGUCUUAAAGUGGAGACAUCACAAUGAAGACCCAGUUCAGUUCAUUAAUGUUAAUUGUGAUACAAUUCACGGGUGCAAUGACACACGGUUGGUGAUUUCUGGAUCAAAUCAUCAACAGACUCACUGCUUUCAGUAUUUUGAAGGCGAGUCCCAAGCAGGAGAUGUCAUCUCUUUAAACAAAGAAGAGUGUUAUUUGCCACCUCAAUCAACAACUCUUCCAUGGAAGGUAUCAUCCUAUAGUGAGUGGUAUUACAAAGGGCUCAGGAAUGGCCUCACCGCCUCACCAGCAAGUGCUUUUCGCUUGUCAAAACCUCUCAUUGGCAUCUGCACCCUGUUACACACCUCCCAUCCUCAAAAGGGUUUCACUGUCUUUCAAAUGUCAUCUGUUGGUGAUUUAUUCUACCAGCCAUUUGUUGUAGGAGAUGGCAAAAAUUCAACAGGAAACUUUUCCUCUAAUAAUGAAAGUGCUGCAAUUGCUAUUGAUGACCUUGGUCCUAGAGCUAAGAUUCUGUGUCAAGAAUGGAUUGAUCUUGCUAAUUUUCAAAAUGAAAACUUUGUAAAAUCUGCUCAAAAUCAAGAAGAAUGCAUUGAGGUUGACAUUGAAACUCUUUGUGAUGAAGUAGCACUUUUGCCAGAGUCUCAUCCCUGUUGUGUAUUGUGUAAUAACAAGCAAGUUCCUAACACCAUGCUGCUGGAGCUGACAGAUUCUGGAUCAAAUAUUUGUGAAAGAUGUGGACUGGGGUUGAGUCACAGUUUAAAUCUGGUAAAGAAUCAAAAGAACAAAGGGGUUCUUACAAGAGAGACUCUAUGUAUGCAAUUUGAACCAAAAGAGCUGGGAAUUUUUCCAGAUAAAGCUACAGCUACAGACCCUCUCAGUAAAAGUCUCUGGUUAAAUUGGGCAAGUUUUGAACCAAUACCGGUUUUCUCAUCAGAGGAAAAAGGGUCAGAAAAUAAUGAAACUGAGAAGAAAAAUGAAAAAGGAAACAUGGUGCCAUCGCAGGCUGCAAGGGUCUCAAAAUCAAAAGAUCUGUUGCGUUCUGUUAGACAGAGCAGUGAAUUUGAUGGUACUCUUCCUACCAAUUCAGUUCAAAAUCAGGGCACACCAUCUUCACCCCAACCAAAACAAGUGAAGAAACAAUCAAAAGUGAAGAGAAAACAAACUCACCAUGUCAUGGGCUUCUAGACUUAGUUUGAGCACUAAUUUUGAGUUAUGCUAAGACAUUUUGAAGGUUGGUCAUUUGAAAUCAUCAACAAUGAUGUGCAAAGUGUAUCAUUUUGAAGACAGUAAUCUUCAAACUUCUCUGGUAGAAUUGUUUUCAUAAAAAGAUCCAAGCAUUAUUUGAUAAAUGUCAUAUAAAUUUAUCUUUGAAUAUGAGAGUGAUGUUUGCAGUUAUGAACACUACUUAAGCAGUAGUGAAAAUAAAGCAUGAAAGCAAAAUUCAUUCCUGUAUAGGAGUUAAACCCAUGACCUUUGUGAUAACAAUGCUCUACCAACUGAGCUAGCAAGCCAACUGGGAGCUAGUAAAUUCUCUGGUUCAUCAUGAACCCAUGAAGUAAUGAAUAAAUGACUGUGAAUUUGUGAAAAUCAUAUAACAGUAUGUGAACCACAAAUUGAUAAAUAAA